AUGGCACUUCACCAGGGUUUUCAAUCUUACACAUCCAUAAAUCCGGUCUUGGGCAAGAAAGAUUGGCAAUUAUUAUGGGGCCUUAAAAUUCCACACAAACAAAAAAUAUUCAUCUGGCGAUGUAUUCAUGAUGGAAUUCCUUCAGGUCAAGCCCUACAUAACAGAUUGCAAAUUGACGAUUCAUGUGCCUUUUAUGGAAUGAAGGAGGAUCUUAUGCAUUUACUGUUUCAUUGCUCUCGAGCCAAACAGAUUUGGUUUGCCUCACCACUUACUCUUAGAUUUACGUGGGAUCCAACCUCUACAUUUGCAAUGAUAUGGAAGCAGAUUUGGAAAUCAAGAAAUAAGAAGAUUUUUGAAAGCCAAGAUAUACCCACAAGUGUUACCAUUAAUGCUGCUAAUCAAGACUGUCAAGAAUUCCAUGAUACAAUUUUGAAGACAGAUUCAAGACUUAUAUCGCCAUUUACUCGUUCUCCAACUUAUCCUUCAGGAUCAAAUUCCACAAUUCCUGAAGGAUUUAUUAAACUCUCUUAUGAUGCAGCGGUUAACUCUCAAAAACGUUUUGGAUGCAUUGCAGUAGUGGCGAUAAGCUCUCACCAGUCACGACUCCAUAAGUUCUCAGCAGUUUUCCGUUAUAUUUGGGACCCAGGCAUUCUGGAAUGUCUCGCGCUUCGAGAAGCUAUGAAUUGGGGUAUUUGCGAAGACAUAUGGCAUCUUAAACGCUCCUUCACAUCUACAAUAUUCAGAUACAUUCCAAGGCAGGAAAAUACACUGGCACAUCAAUGGGCUCAAAUAAUCAAAGCUGCUCAACAUUUUCUUUAA